AUGGUACCGAAGCAGAAACAGAAAGACGAUCCUCGAUUGAGAUCAAGAGAUGCUGUGCUUGGUCUGCCUGCUAAAGAUGAGACCAUACAAGUGAUAACAAGUAGUAGAGACUCCUAUGAAAAGAGAUUGGAGGAUAUGACCUUCUAUGAUCCUGAUAACAAGACGUUGAAUCUCCGUUUUCAUAACUCCAAGUUGUAUGAUGAUAUUUAUAUCGGAUGUCAGACCCGAAUGAGCAAACGGUAUCGUUCGGCCCUGAUUGAGUGGCGAAAGAACCUUUUCCGGCUUAUACGAGAGUUGGAAUUAAAGGAAGAGAACAUCUUACGGUCAUUUGAAUCCUUUGUGUUAAAGGGUGAUAUCUCCCUUGAAUCAUGUGCCAGUCCUAUAGCUGUAGGUGACCUUGUCUUCAUUCGAGAAGAUUCCACCGAGGUGUUCAUGGUGGCGAGAACCCCUAAAAGCCUUGAGACGGCCGGGUCAUAUGCGUUCAUUGGCUCGAACGGAGAAAUUGUGUUUGGGUCGAAGAACAUGAUAAGACUAAGACUUCCAAGGGUAGUCCCCAUAGAAUAUGCUCCCAUAGUCGAAAGCUUUGUACAGCUUGAACAGAAACACUUGGACGUGGCACCCGUGGGGAUAAAUGAUAAUUUGUUUUCUCGUUCGCUAGAAGCUUUGCCUAAGGAAUUACAGUCCAGCUCGAAUGCCAAUUCCAAAGGAACGAACGAUCAAACGUCUCAAGAAGUUGGGGAAUCAGAAGACGAUAGUUUUGUGGUUACUCAAGCAUCAUCACAGCUCUUUAUCAACUCUAAUAUUAAUACGUAUUAUGUCCCCUUGGCAGCACGGAAGCUAUAUGUUCCUGUUCUACGGAAGUUGCAGCUUCAAAUCACUGAAAAGUUGAAUGAUUAUGACCGGAAACUCAAUGCCCUUUACUACAUUCUACAAAAGAAUCAAAUUGGUGAUCAUUUGAAUAGCAGUAAGGUUGUCAGUGUUUUUUACUUACUUUCAAGAUUACAGGAGUCUUCUAAACAGAAAGAGAAACUCCCUCGAUUAUCUAAACUGGUUUCCACUAUCAACAGUAACCAGCCAUGGAACAACAGUUACAAUAACUCCCUGAUUGAAUCCAAAUCAAGUUCCCAAAGUUUCCCUAUCAGCAGCUACGUUGCCUUGUUGAUAACAUUGAACAAACAAACGUCUCAUUGGUCAUUCACUAAACAAUCGUCUAUCUAUCCCGUGACUUCGGUUAUAGUAACUGCUAAUGCUUCCAGACUUCAUCUUUCUAAGAUCAUCAAGAAGUUCAAGAAAAACGCUGUGUUGGAACAGUUUAUUCAGCACUUCAACACACCCUCUGUCAAACCACCAGUAGCGAAACCCGAAGGUUAUGAUGACAUGAUCACUUUGCUUAAGAGCUAUGUUGGUGGGAAUCUUGAUAAUGAUUUGGAAUUUCAAUACUUUGUCAACAACGUUAUAAGAAGAUGCAAGUCCCAAGUGAAGGAAGACGUUGAAUUCAGUUACGAAUAUUCCAAGGCCAGAGCCUAUGACAUUAUCAGAGAAUUAGAAGACAAACCGUUUUAUGAAAAUCCAGUGAAAUGGUCCAAUUCAGUCCGGGGACCAUCAAAGGGCUACUCCCAAGUCAUUGAAGACGAAUAUUAUACUUAUUUGGACUUGGUAGAUAUUUAUAAGUUGAAGAAUCACCAGCAGCAACAGAAGAACAGCAAUAUCUCCCAAAACUUGGAUGGUUUCAAUGACUCCAUUAGAGGAGAAAAUACUCAAUUCCUACAAGACUUUACGUUUGAAGAAAGCAUUACUAGAACAGACUACGGGAAUACUCCUAUUUAUUGCAUUGACAAUUCCACGGCUCACGAAAUCGACGAUGGAAUUGCUGUUUCAGAGAAUAGCAACGACACUUAUGAGUUUUCUAUCCAUGUUGCAAGCCCAUCGCUGUUCAUUAACAAAACCUCAAAUCUUUCACUGAUUGCAUUCAAUAAAGGUCAGACUUCAUACUUCCCUGAAGGUGCUGAACUAAUGUUCCCUGACAUUGUUAACAAGCUAAGCGGACUAGGAAGAGAUCAAGAGGAUACCCGAACGUUUGUGGUUAAGUUUGAGAUGCCCAAAGCAUUUCUUGACGAAUACAUGGAUCAAAUUAGACAGAAUCCUUAUUACAAACCAACUCACCAGCAGCUUGAUGUCAUGGCUCUGUUCAUUGAUAGCACAGGAAUUGUGGACAUGGGAAUUGUCAGGAACUUCCCUCAAGGCUACACUUAUGACAAGGUUAACAUGGUGCUAGCACGAACCAUGACAAUGUCAUCAAAGGACCCACACUAUGAUAACUUGAAUAGGCUUUACCAUGUUGCCUUGCUACUUCGUUACGUCCGUCACCACAUUGGGAACCCCAUUGACAUGGCAUCAACCAGGGCCGGUGUCAGUGUCGCGCAGGCUCAAAGUUCGGUACGAAAUGUGUCAUUGAUAGACAAUCGAAGCGAGAAGGGCUUUAGCAUGGACACCGGACACCACACCAUCAAUGUGGUUACCAAUUUGGCUCAACUGGAAGAAGCCAAAUCUCAACUACUUGUUAGUGAGUUUAUGAUUUCCGCCAAUUACAUUCUGAGUGUAUUUGCAACAAAGAACGACGUUCCAAUGGUGUAUCGUAAUCAGGAGCUAAACAUUGGUCCUCAGCUUCAGAAGGAAAUGAACAAAUUACUCGAGAAAGGGUUUGCUGAUCUUUUAGGUACGUCAGAGUUAUCACGACUCUUUGCAGUGAUGACUCCUGCUCGAUUGAGUAGGUUGCGAAAAGGUCAUCAAGCCUUAGGGCUCAGUGGCUACACAACUGUUACAUCACCGCUUCGAAGAUUCGCGGAUAUGGUAAACCAAUGGAGUUGGCUCCAAUGGUUUGGACAACAACAGCAACACAAGAAUAAUAUCAAAAUCAAAGAACCUACAGAUUUGGGGUUGAUAGUGAGUACUUUGAGCAGUCGUGAUACCCUCAACAAACAUAUUCAAAGCCGCAGUAGUGUGUUUUGGGAAGGAAUUUUCCUUAGACAAUACUGUACGAUGUUGGGUUCAGAAUUAGUCAAGGAACCGAUCUUCUUUAAGCUUAUGGUAAGAGAACGCGUGAAUUCAAACAAAUAUCGUGUAGAGGUCAUUGGACUUCUGGGCGCGCUAGAUUCGUAUAUUCAAACCGGGAAUGUUUACAAUAGUGGUGAUUACGUAUUUUCGUGGAAGAUCCAAACAGUGGACAUGAUUGAGAAUGCACUUGUGUUUGCUGAUGAUGCGUAG